CCUCGCCUUAGCUUUCCCCUCUCUUUCGCUUCGCGAGAUUGGUUGAUUCAUCUCGCGAUUGAUCGAGCUCGAGCGGCGGUGAGGUGAGGUGGAGGAGGAGGAGGAGGAGGAGAUCGGGAUGGGGAGAGGGAGGGUGGAGCUGAAGAGGAUCGAGAACAAGAUCAACAGGCAGGUGACGUUCGCGAAGCGGAGGAAUGGGCUGCUCAAGAAGGCGUACGAGCUCUCCGUGCUCUGCGACGCCGAGGUCGCCCUCAUCAUCUUCUCCAACCGCGGCAAGCUCUACGAGUUCUGCAGCGGCCAAAGGGAAUUCAAUUUGGAUAUGGGCAUGACCAGAACUUUGGAAAGAUACCAAAAAUUCAGUUAUGGUGGGCCAGAUACUGCAAUACAGAACAAGGAAAAUGAGUUAGUGCAAAGCAGCCGCAAUGAGUACCUCAAACUGAAGGCACGGGUGGAAAAUUUACAGAGGACCCAAAGGAAUCUUCUUGGUGAAGAUCUUGGGACACUUGGCAUAAAAGAGCUAGAGCAGCUUGAGAAACAACUUGAUUCAUCCUUGAGGCACAUUAGAUCCACAAGGACACAGCAUAUGCUUGAUCAGCUCACUGAUCUCCAGAGGAGGGAACAAAUGUUGUGUGAAGCAAAUAAGUGCCUCAGAAGAAAACUGGAGGAGAGCAACCAGUUGCAUGGACAAGUGUGGGAGCACGGCGCCACCCUACUCGGCUACGAGCGGCAGUCGCCUCAUGCCGUCCAGCAGGUGCCACCGCACGGUGGCAACGGAUUCUUCCAUUCCCUGGAAGCUGCCGCCGAGCCCACCUUGCAGAUCGGGUUUACUCCAGAGCAGAUGAACAACUCAUGCGUGACUGCCUUCAUGCCGACAUGGCUACCCUGAACUCCUGAAGGCCGAUGCGACAACCAAUAAAAACGGAUGUGACGACACAGAUCAAGUCGCACCAUUAGAUUGAUCUUCUCCUACAAGAGUGAGACUAGUAAUUCCGUGUUUGUGUGCUAGCGUGUUGAAACUUUUCUGAUGUGAUGCACGCACUUUUAAUUAUUAUUAAGCGUUCAAGGACUAGUAUGUGGUAUAAAAGGCCGUACGUGACAGCCUAUGGUUAUAUGCUGCACAAAAACUACGUAUGGUACAGUGCAGUGCCUGUACAUUUCAUAAUUUGCGGUAAAGUUUAUUGACUAUAUAUCCAGUGUGUCAAAUAUAAUAAAAUGUCGAGGUUUAAUUACCA